GACUGGCUGCCUUGUAUGAGUGACGGCAGACUCAGCCUAUGGACACAACGACGGGGCGGUGCUCCCCAAUGCAGUGGGCUGUGCGGCCAGAACCCAGGGCUGUCAGUCCGCGUCCACCCGGCUUCCACAACCGAGUUCUCUGAUGCUAUGGCCUCCCCACCUCAGCUGCGGGCUCUUCUCCAGGCUGUCAACACGCUGCUGCGCAAGCGCCGCUACCACGCUGUGUUGGCCCUGCUUAAGGGCUUCCGGAACGGGGCUGUCUAUGGAGUCAAAAUCCGGGCACCUCAUGCACUGGUCAUGACCUUUCUCUUCAGAAGUGGCAGUCUCCAAGAGAAGCUACAGGCCAUCCUGAAAGCCACGUACACCCACUCCCGGAACCUGGCCUGCUUUGUGUUCAUCUAUAAGAGCCUCUGUGCCCUACAGUCCCACGUGCAAGGCGAGACGCACCAGAUGCACUCUUUCCUGGCGGCCUUCAUCGGGGGCCUGCUGGUGUUUAGAAAGAACAAUAACAUCAAUAGCCAGAUCAACAUGUACCUGACAUCACGCGUCCUGUUUGCCUUGUGCCGCCUGGGUGUGGAGAAGGGCUACAUCCCUAAGCUCAGGUGGGAUCCGUUCCCCUUGCACACUGCAGUGAUUUGGGGGCUUGUGCUAUGGCUCUUCGAGUAUCACCGGCCCACUCUGCAGCCCUCACUGCAGUCCUCCAUGACCUACCUCUACGAGGACAGCAACGUGUGGCAUGACAUCUCAGACUUCCUCAUCUUCAACAAGAGCCGCCCCUCCAAGUAACACAGCCCAAGGUGCUUAAGGAACUCCUCUGCCCAGACAGCUUCCAGGCAGUGUCCAGCUGCUGCUCAGAGAGUGGUUCUAUCAACACAACCUCGUGGAGGAUCUUGCCUUCUCAAAGUCAUGGACCUCACGUUCCAACUUGUUUUAUCCCAGGGUUCCAUUUGCUGAAGUAAAAGCCCUGAGUUUGCA